AUUUGGGGAAACAAAGAAGCCAAUCAGAUUUGGAGGUCGCAGGGAACGCCCGUAGGUCAAUUUGGUGGAAAGGGCGGGAGAAAGAGAGGAAGUAAAAGGUUUGACUGGCGGGCUGAGGGGACAAUGUUCACACAGCCGACCUGAGAUGGCCCUAAUAAAUUUUAAAUGUUUCCAAGCAUAUACUUCUGGAGUACAAGUAUGCAGACAGUUGCUAACUGGAGGGAGAGUUAUAAGCCACUUUGGACCAGGAACAGGGCUACUGUGCCUCUAUGGCUCUUCAGCCCUGCAAAUAGCCUGUUCAGUGACUGGUGUGCAGGGCAUGGUUUGUAGAAAUUAUCAGAUGGAGCUCGGAAAUUCUCCCAGUUCUGUUAUAGGAACUGUGAGCCUUCAUGGAGAGGUCGGUGAUCAUUUCAAAUCAAAUAGCAAACAGACAGAGGGAAAGAAGCUUUUGAAAGAGUUAGACAAUUGCCAUUCGUACAAAGAAAUUUUCACAUUUGCGAACUCUCUGGAAAGUUUAACAGACACCACAGUGGCAGCGAUCUUCCAGCGGCUGUGUGAUGUUGAAGUGGAGGAUGGGAGGGUGAAGCAUCCCCAAGACCUGGCAGAGGACAGAAUCUUCCAAUCCCUUUGCUUCCAGCUUGAACAAGAAUCCCCAAACUUGUCUGAUGUUGGUCUUGUGAAUUCACUAAGUGCCUUGAUAAAGUUGCGUGUGGACCCACGGAGUACCUUGCUAGUUCGCUUGAUAUCAGAGAGCCAGGAACGUCUCAGUAAGGGCCAACUGACCCUCAAAGAUUUGUGUGUUCUUGCUGAAGGCUUGCUUGACCUAGAAGGUCCAGACUGUGCGAUACUGGAAGAAAUUAUGGACCAGCUGCAGAGUACAAACCUGGAGGACUGGAAGCCGGACGAAAUGGCCAUGGUAUACAGAACCCUGCAGUUGGGUGUAGGAAAGAGAGGGAAAUACCAAGACCUGUUGAACAAAAUGAACAAUGUAACCAUGAAUCAAGUUUCUGAAUUCAACCCCAAACUGACAAGCGUAGUACUGAAUGCUUUGGUUUGUCUUGAUCAAACCCAAGCUAUCCCCCUGGCGAUAAAGAUUUGUAAGCAUUCGAUACGCCACAUUCCCCGUUUCACAGAUGAUGAAAUCAUUCACGUCCUGGAGGCUUUCAUUCAUUUUGGACACAAUGAUCCAUUCUUCACACAAGCCCUGGAAAGGCACGUUGCCAAAAACGCCUUCACCAUGCAGCCGAAGGCAGUCUCCAAAGUCAUGCAGUACUGCAGCAGGAAACGCAUCCUUUCCAAAACCAUCUUCAACGCAGUAGCCGAAUGUUUAAUUUACAGUGCUGACAGGUUCACCACCACUCAGAUAGCCCAACAGAUUAUUCCGUUUGGGAAACUCAAUUACCUGCCAACAUGUUCUCCAGCCCUGUUCCGGAAACUGGAAAGGGUGCUCAGUUCCAGAUUUGCUCAGUUUCAGCCCCAUGUUCUAUUGAACCUUCUUCACUCAUUCACCCUGGUUGAACGUUAUCCACUUAAUUUUCUGGCAAGAGUGUUUAGUCCUUAUUUCCUGCGGCAGUUGCAAGCUGAAGCACCUGGUUUGACCAGAUCUGUCCUUUCUCAGUUGACCCAGCUGUCUCUUACUGUUACCGUGGAAUGUCCAUCCUAUGAGGGUCCCAAACUGCUUCCAAAAUACCGAGUCAAGUCCUUUCUUAUGCCCAACCAUUCGCUGGAGUCCUCUGUAGACAUUCACUUCUACAACCGAGUCAAGGCUGGCCUGAUUGACCUGUUGGGGGCCCGGAUGUAUUUUGCCUCCCGCGUGUUGACCCCUUACUACUAUACUAUAGAUAUUGAGAUUAAACUGGACGAAGAAGGGUUUGUGUUGCUUGCUAACCAGUACGAGGAGGUGAGCCAGAGAAUAGCUCUCUGCAUUGAUGAUCCAAAGAGGUUUUGCAUCAACAGUCAUAACCUCCUUGGAAAAGAAGCCAUUAAAAGGAGGCACCUCAAGCUGGUUGGUUAUGAAGUGGUUCAGAUUCCAUUUUUUGAAUUUGAAUUGCUGAACAGCCGAACAGACACAGUGGAGUAUCUUCACAAGAAAAUCUUCCCUAACUCCUACAGACUCAGCUGGUGAUACAACAAAAUCCAGCCAAUACCACAGAGCCGGAUUUCAUUUUAUUUUUUUUGAAAUGUUAGAUUUGGUGAGCCCGUUUGCUUUUUAAAAAAACAAGCCCCUGUGUUUAGUUUAUUUCAUUUUGGACCUGUCUUUCAGCGAUAUAGAAAGAGAAGAUACAUUAGAAAUCUGUGUGGGACAGCUUCACGCACAAAACGAAGGUGGAAAAUGGCUGCAUAUUUCUUGGAAGUGUACCAAGGGUGACUUUGUUUUGAGGCUGUUGAUCAUGAGCGGUUGUUGAUUCUGAAUUCGUGCUGCUGAAGGCUGGGUCCCUUUCUCUCUUGCUGGCUUAGGUAUAGAACAGGACUGAUUCUGGCAUGGCAAAGUAGCUGUGGACCAAAGGCUACAAACACAAAAAUGCUGUACAGGAAACUAGUAUAACUAGAGGCGUAUCUGGACCAGAGUGCGCCCAGUGUGCACUCUGUGCCCCACCCCCCCUGCGAGCUCACAAGGUCUCCUGGGAAGUGUAGUUCCCACCAGGCUGUUUUCUGCCUGAAGGGAACAGGCCACUUCUCCAGCCUCCACUAUUUCAAUAACGUAAGUGUGGGGGCGGGGGGGCAUUCCCCCCCCCGGCAUGCGCCCGGUGCAACACGUACCCCCCCGCCCGGUCCCCUGGUAGCUCCGCCUCUGAGUGUAGCAUUCGGAAGUUGAUUUUAGAUAUCUGGUUUUUAACGAAUGUUCAGGCCCAGUAGCAUUUCUUGAUCACUGUGAACAACAAACUUCUGACUUAAGGGGAGAAUGUUACUCCCUGUGACCUUCUUGUGAUUGUUUGAGGUUCUUAUUGCCAGGAAAUAAAUGAUUAAAAUGA